GCCGGAGUCCGGACGCGCGCGGUGCUCGGUUGUAGCAGGGCUGAGUUUUGCGGCACCCGGAGCCGGUGACAAGUCCCCCGGUGUGCGUCUCCUCUACCUCUACCACCAUGGCCGCCCUGCGCUACGCGGGGCUGGAUGACACGGACAGCGAGGACGAGCUGCCUCCGGGCUGGGAGCAGCGCUCCACCAAGGACGGCUGGGUGUACUAUGCCAAUCACUCGGAAGAGAAAACGCAGUGGGAACACCCCAAAACUGGAAAAAAGAAACGGAUAUCCGGAGAUUUGCCGUAUGGAUGGGAGCAGGAAACGGAUGAAAAUGGACAAGUGUAUUUUGUCGACCAUAUCAACAAAAGAACAACCUACCUGGACCCACGGCUGGCCUUUACUGUGGACGACAACCCCAGCAAGCCUAGCAUUCGGCAAAGAUACGAUGGCAGCACCACAGCUAUGGAGAUUCUGCAGGGCCGGGACCUGUCGGGCAAAGUGGUCGUGGUCACAGGUGCCAACUCAGGCAUAGGAUUUGAGACCGCCAAGUCCUUUGCUCUCCAUGGUGCACAUGUGAUCCUGGCCUGUAGGAACAUGGCGAGAGCCAGUGAGGCUGUGGCCCGCAUCCUGGGAGAAUGGCACAAAGCCAAGGUGGAAGCCAUGACCCUGGACCUCGCCCAGCUCCGCAGUGUGCAGCUCUUCGCCGAGGCCUUCAAGGCCAAGAAUGUAUUUCUCCACGUGCUCGUGUGCAAUGCUGCCGUGUUUGCACUGCCCUGGAGCCUCACCAGAGAUGGGCUGGAGACCACAUUCCAGGUGAACCACCUCGGCCACUUCUACCUGGUGCAGCUUCUUCAGGAUGUGCUAAUUCGCUCAGCACCGGCGCGAGUGGUUGUGGUCUCAUCCGAGUCCCACAGAUUCACUGACAUCAAGGACUCCUCAGGAAAGCUGGACAUGAGUCGCCUUUCGCCGUCCAGAGAUGACUACUGGGCCAUGCUGGCCUACAACCGCUCCAAGCUCUGCAACAUUCUCUUCUCCAAUGAGCUGCACCGCCGCCUCUCCCCUCGCGGCGUCACCUGCAACGCUGUGCACCCGGGCAACAUGAUGUACUCGGCCAUACACCGUGGUUGGUGGUUCUACACACUGCUCUUCACCUUGGCUCGUCCCUUCACCAAGUCCCUGCAACAAGGAGCUGCAACCACCGUGUACUGUGCGGCCGCCUUGGAGCUGGAGGGCCUGGGAGGGAUGUACUUCAACAACUGCUGCCGUUGCACACCUUCAAGUGAGGCUCAGAACGAGGAGACAGCACAGGCCCUGUGGACGCUCAGCGAGAGGUUGAUCCAGGAGGGGCUGAGCAACCAGGCUGGCUAAGGGGCACCAGCUGGGGCUCCCCACUCCCUUCUCCACCUGGAGUGAUCAGUAGCUGCUAGAGCAAGAACGCACCACGGCAGCAUCAGUGACCAGCAGCAGGACAGGGAGUUCAGAAGCAAAUCACUAUUUCUCUCUUGGGGUGGGCUGGUGGGAUCUAUGAAUUUCCUGGUGGCGGGCACUGGAGAGCGAGCAUGGGUUUGGGAGCAGGUUCCUCUGUCGCCUAGUAGAAGCACAAGCAAUUCUCUCAGGCUGUCUAGCAAAAGCCAGCGCCACCUGGCCCACCUUGCAUGGUGACUGGCCAUGCUGCAGUCCACUGUGGGCUUGCUCUUACGCAGGGAAAGACAUGCAGGCUGCGUUCCAGCUCAGCCACUCAGAUUCCUUGUCUCCUGUUGCCUUUGUUCCAACCCAGUCCUGGCCCACUGAGAGGGGAAAAGCCGACAGCCAGCAGGUGGCCAACUUCCUGGCCCUUGGGCUCCACUUGCCAAAGUUAAACCAGACCUUCUUUAAAAGAUUAUGCCAAACACACUCUGCAGAUCAUUCCACUCUUGCAGUUCAGAAACAGUUGAGGUCCCCAAGAAAAAAACACCAGAUCUUGCAAGGGGCAUGCUUGAGGAGAUUCCAGGAUCUCCUUUACCCAGGUCCCCUUCAAUCUAUUUUCACUGUCAGCUUCAAUGUCUCCUUGUCCUGCCCUCCUUAGGCUUAAAUAAAAGAACAUGCUUGAGUGAUUAGCA